AUGGCGUUGGAAAGGGAGCAACCAAGAAAGGAAGAAAUGGGUUCCAAAAACAAAAACAAAACCCUACUGGAUCUCUUCCAACCCACUGCCUCCUCCGCCAAACGCUUGAAAACCGAUUCCAUCAGGGCCACACACUCCGACUCUGUCUCUCCUGUACCACCACCAUCCCAUGAUGACUCUUCCUCUUCCGACCUCACCGCCCAGCAAAAGUCACGCAUGGAAUUACAGAAGCUGCUCGCCAAAGCCAGACGCAACCUCUCUAUCUGCUCCAACAGACUCUCCAACUCCAACUCCAAAGGUGAAGGAGUGAAACUGGAGGAGCUACUGGUGGAGGAGACGUGGUUGGAAGCGUUCCCCUCGGAGCUUCAGAAACCCUACGCCAAGACCCUCUCCAAGUUCGUCGAGAAUGAGAUUUGCGGCGGCGCCCUUCCCAUCUACCCGCCUACUCACUUGAUCUUCAACGCUCUCAACUCCACCCCUUUUGACCGGGUCAAGGCUGUCAUCCUGGGUCAGGACCCGUAUCAUGGCCCGGGUCAAGCGAUGGGCCUCUCUUUCUCUGUUCCUGAGGGUGUCAAGGUUCCCUCAAGUCUCGUUAAUAUAUUCAAGGAACUUCACCAAGAUCUUGGCUGUUCAAUUCCCUCUCAUGGCAAUCUUGAAAAAUGGGCUGUUCAGGGUGUUCUCUUGCUCAAUGCUGUUCUCACUGUUAGGAAUCAUCAGGCUAACUCUCAUGCCAAGAAAGGAUGGGAACAAUUUACUGAUGCUGUUAUCAAAACAAUUUCACAGAAGAGGGAAGGAGUUGUUUUUCUCCUAUGGGGAAACUCUGCUCAGCAGAAAUCCAAGUUGAUUGAUGAGUCAAAGCAUCACAUUCUCAAAGCGGCACAUCCUUCUGGUUUGUCAGCAAACAGGGGCUUCUUUGGCUGCAGGCAUUUUUCUCGCACGAACCAGCUUCUGGAGGAGAUGGGUAUUCCUCCCAUAGACUGGCAACUUUGA